AUGACGGCUGGCAACAUUGGCGGCUGGCAGAAGCAGGCAGGCGAUAAAAUCGUUCCCGGUGAUGUCCUCGUCGAGAUUGAGACCGAUAAGGCUCAGAUGGAUUUUGAGUACCAAGAAGAAGGAGUCCUUGCAAAAAUUCUUCUACAAACUGGUGAGAAGGAUGUUGGCGUUGGAAGUCCUAUCGCGGUUAUGGUCGAUGACGCAGGUGACGUCGAAGCCUUCAAAGACUUCACAAUAGACGACGCAGGCGGCAAAGCCUCCUCCACACCAGAAUCCAAGUCCUCCUCUCCAGAGCCCUCUAAGUCCGCAUCCGAAUCUCAACCAGCUCCAGCCCCAUCAGCCGAAGAAUCCACCUCCACUGGUUCUCGCCUCCAAACCUCCCUCGAACGCCUCGAAGGUCUUGAAUAUGCUGCCUCCCCCGCCGCAAAAGUCCUCGCCCUAGAGAAGGGCAUCCCCCUCAAAAAUGUUAAGGGUACCGGCCCCAACGGAAGAAUUGUCAAAGCCGAUGUCGAAAAAUACUCCGGUUCGGCCGGCGGCUCCUCCUCGGCAGCAAUUGGCGGAGCAACAGGUCUAUCUGAUGUCGACAUCCCCCUAUCUGGCAUGCGCAAAUCAAUUGCCACACGCCUCCAAUCUUCCAUGCAAACCUCUCCUCACUUCUAUAUCGGCUCCGACAUCUCUGUCUCCAAACUUCUUAAACUCCGUACCGCUCUCAACGCAUCAGCCCAAGCAGGAGAAUACAAGCUUUCUGUCAACGAUCUAAUCGUCAAGGCCGUUGCUGUAGCGCUUAAGAGACACCCCAACGUAAACGCCUCCUGGGUCGAUUCCGAGAGUGUUAUCCGUCAAUACGCUUCUGUCGAUAUCUCAGUCGCCGUAGCCACCCCUGUAGGUCUUAUCACCCCAAUCGUAAAAGCCGCCCACGCGAAGGGUCUUCAAACCAUUUCCAACGAAAUCAAAGAACUUGCAACUCGCGCCAAGGACGGAAAGCUCAAGCCGGAGGAAUACCAAGGUGGUACUUUUACCAUCUCAAAUAUGGGAAUGAACGACGCUGUAUCGCGGUUUACAGCGAUUAUCAACCCUCCUCACGCAGGCAUCUUGUCCGUUUCUGCUCCCUCAAAAGUGGCGGUUCCCGGAAGAGAUGGGGGUAUUGAAUGGGAUGAUAAGAUUACUUUUACGGGAAGCUUUGAUCAUAGAAUUGUUGAUGGAGUUGUCGGAGCUGAGUUUAUGAAGACUUUGAAGAGGGUGGUGGAGAACCCGAUGGAAUUGUUGUUGUAA